AUGCCGAUUUUGGAUUGGAAGCUGCAAACUUCGAGCGGUGGUUUAUUCUGCUCAACUCAAUACCGCUCAUUGACGAUUGUACAGCAUCUAUGUCCUGACAACUGUUACUGGCACUGCCUCAUCUACUCCAUCCCUCCUGACUUCCUCGCCCUCCUCCUCUCACCACACCUCUUCCAGCUCUCCGAACCCCCUCGCUUCCUUUGUAUCAAGCCACACCCAGUGCAGAAACCUCCCCGUCGUCAGGGGGCACCGUCAUCGUGUCCUUCGUUCUCCGUGCGCUCCUCACAGCCGGGGUCAUUAUCUCCCUCUGAGAAUUGCAUGUGCCCUGAUUCGGCAUUGGCAUACUCUCAGGCUUCCAUCCGGCUGCUCUGUGUAAUAUCAAGCUUGAUACUCGACACGCUUCGGACAGGACUACUUCGAGACCUUUCGUUCUUCCUGGUGGCAAGCCUGCAUACCUGUAAACCUAUCGUCCACUCGAGUAUUUGA